AAGUACCUUGGUCCCUACCAACUCAUAUUGUUGACGCGUUGAUGUUUCUAAUAACUCGCAUUGUUUAAAAUAUUUGUUCUCAGUCGAUUAGCUACAUAUUAACAAUCAACUACAGUCUACGAGGAUACAAAUAAUUGUGCGUUAAGAGAAGUGCAGACACGUUGGCUGAAGCUCCCUUAAAUCACUAGUACGUGAGCCUUGGAAGCAAUGUCCCGCUCACUUAAAUAAUAAACCGAUGCAAGUCAAAGUCGUGAAACUUUGAACAAAAAAAUAAUGGAGGAAUUAAAGAAGGCAUUGAAACUUCAGGCAAAGCUAUAUAACGCAGACACGGCCUUCGUCAGCAUAUCGACUUUAGACAUGGGAAGAAAGUAUCAAAUCACUGAUUUAUCCAAAGUCCAGUCGGCAUAUGGUUUGCGUAUAUUAGUCAGUCUUCAAGGAGAUCGGAGGAUAUUGAAAACAUAUUUACCUAAAUCUAUUAAAUUGAGUGAUUCUUAUAUUGACGGUUUCAUUAAUCGGGACAGAAGGUCGGUUCUUUAUUUAAUUUACAAGGGAGUAAAACCUAAUGGAGCGUAUAAAAUCGAUUUUGAAUGAUUUUGGUUCAUCAAGUUUAUUAAGGUUAUAUCAUUAAUUUUUUUUUGGAGAAAAAUUAAAAUACUUGUUGAAACAUAUUUUUUCAACGUCUAAA